CCGUAAACGGAAGCGGAAAUUUCCGCUAGAAUCUGGAAAAGCCUUUCAGCUUCUCUCCCGUUCAUUCUCCCAAAAGGCCAUAAAGUCCACAUAGGGAAAAGCUGAUGGACUGAAGUGACUGUCAGCAAUUUGAGCAAUUCAGUCAACAACCAUUCCUACAUCCUUUAUUUAUCAGGUCUAGGACAAAACGACCAUCAUGACUCACUCAAUGCUGCGACGACAACUGAAAAAUCUUGUUCAGAACUUCUCUGAGGCAGAGGUCAAGGUUCGAGAAGCGACUUCUAAUGACCCCUGGGGGCCAUCGAGCUCCCAGAUGGCUGACAUCUCGGAUCUAACCUACAAUGUGGUGGCCUGUAACGAGAUUUUGGGCAUGCUCUGGAAGCGUCUCAAUGAUGACAAGAAUUGGAGGCACGUGUACAAGUCUUUAACCCUUCUUGAAUAUCUGUUGAAAACGGGGUCUGAGCGCAUCCCUCAGCAGAGUGUGGAGAACAUUCACAUUUUCAAAGCCCUAACAGAAUACCGCUUCACAGACAAGGAUGGAAAGGACCAGGGGGUGAAUGUGAGAGAAAAGGCUAAGAUAGUGUUGGUGCUGAUUGAGGAUGAGGAAAAGCGGAAAGAGGAGAGAGAUUUUGCUAUGAAGACAAAAGACAAGCUGACAAAGGCUCCCAGUGCGUCCUCCGCUACAGGACCAGAUAAAGAAAAAGCAGAGAUCCCGCCGUAUACAGGGCUGCCUUCCCUGGACAACAUCCCAUCUGUGGCUGACCUGACCGCCGCCAUGGCCAAGAAGAAGGAGGAGCAGAGACGUCUGGAGGCCGAAAGGAAAGAGGCAGAGAGACGGGCUAAGGAGGGUGACACCGAGCCAGAUCUUUGGGAAAAAGCAGCAACAGCAGAGCCUCCAUCCAACUCGGACCCCUGGGGAGCCCCAUCUGAUGCAUCCAACGAAUCCACCCCUGCUACCAAUGACCCUUGGGGGCCACCGUCUGAUGAUUCAAAGGAAUCCAGUCUAGCUACCAAUGAUCCUUGGGGUGAAUCUUCUGAUGGGACAAACGGAUCUGCACCUGCAUCCAGUGAUCCAUGGGGACGAUCUGCCAGUGCCAAGAAUGAUUCUCCACCUGCUUCCAGUGAUCCUUGGGGAGGAUCUACGAAUGUAGAGAAAAGUUCUCCAUCUGCUGCGAGUGACCCAUGGGGCAACUCUGCUGGAUUUUCAGAGGAUAAAGCCCCGUCAACAAACGAUCCUUGGGGGGCUCCAGCUGAAAUGGCAAAAGACUCUGAUGCAGCAGUGUCAGAUCCUUGGGGGGCACCUGCGGAUAGUAUACAGAAUUCAGCACCUGCAACCUCUGACCCCUGGGGGGCGCCGUUAGAAGCAUCAUCAGCUACAUCUGAUCCAUUUGGUGAUGGUUCAAAAGCAGAUAAUGACCAUUGGGGCACAGCAGCAUCUUCACCCCCUGCUGCGACUGACCCCUGGGGUGCCCCAUCAGCUCCAACUGAUGACCUUUUCGGUGAUGGAGGCAGACCAGAUCCUUGGGGUGGUUCCUCUGAGAAUGGUGACACUGCUACAAACACUGCUGAUGAGACUAAAAAGCCAGCGUCCUUCCUCGGAGAAGGUGCUUCAUUGGUGGACUUGGACUCUCUUAUGUCAGUCAAGUCCAAACCUAAACAGCCCCCUCUCAACGCCAUCCCCACACAAAAAGCCCCGGGUAAGGAGGGCUGAGAGAGAAAGAGAGAGACAUUGACAAUAAGAGCAACUGAGAAAGAGAGAGAGAGAGAGACACAUUGUAUAGUAGCUGUUUAUUUUUGAGUGUUUGUGACGCAGUAUUUUUCAAGCCUAGAGUUCAUAUAGUCAUGUGGAACAUAACCUGUACGUAGUUGAUGUAGAUCCCAUCUCAACCUUCUUUAUCCCUGCUUCUAUAUGCUAUCCACUUCCUUUCUCCCUCCCUCCCCAUCACCCACCAUCCCUUUUUGUUUGCACUUUCAACUUUCCCAGGUUUUUUGUCAGCCGCAGGCAUGACCAGGC